CAGGCAGACCGUAGAGAAAAGGUCGUUCCGUCUGUCUGUCAUCUGUCCCCAGCAGCGCAGAUCAGCUGGAUUGCGGUAGGCGAAUGCGACAGUUGGUCAGUAGAUUUGUUAAUUGAAAACAAUAAAUUACUUUAUACACAAUUAGUCACAUCUGCGCAAUUUCCGUGAAGUUCGACAUACUUCAUUGUUAAAAGAUUGCAAUGAAAGCUGCUUCUUCGAAAACUGUUAAGCCAUAGACUUUGCGAUUGGAACCGAGGCCAUAACACAGGUGAGAGCUACCGAGGUGUCAACCAGGUUUACCCAUCAGUGAGGAACCAAAACAACAUAAAACUGUCCCAAGAAACUCCUCCCAGAAAGGUGUGGAGACCAACAUGUCAUCCAAGAUGCAGAGCUCCAAUAACAUCACCAGUGCCAGGCGGGCUGUCCAGCAGCUGAGAAUAGAGGCUAGCAUUGAGAGGAUUAAGGUAUCCAAGGCCUCAGCAGACCUGAUGCACUACUGUGGAGAACACGCUAAAUAUGACCCUCUACUCAUGGGCAUCCCAGCCUCUGAAAACCCCUUCAAAGACAAGAAGCCAUGCACUAUAUUAUAGUAGUGGGAACAUUUUAACAGAUUUUUUGCUUUUUUUGUAUGUUCUUUUAUAGAAAAAUAUGUUAUGCUAAUACUGGUACACUAUUUGCCUUAAGGCUAGUUCUGCCUCGCCCCCCACCCCUAGGGCCCAUAGGGCUCUUAUCAAAAAUAGUUCAAUAUAAUAGGGGACAGGUUGACAUUAAAGAUUCAUAAUACUCACCUGUAAAGAAGUGCUGUUUCGGUACCAUCAAAUGCAUUGCUCCUUUCUCUUUGUUAGAUAGAACUAAGACCAAAGAGCAUCAUAAGCCAAAAUAGAAAUAAUUUGUGACCCAGAAACACAGGUUUAGUCAAUUCAGUUCUAAUUGCAAGGCUCCUCUGGAUAGUAACUAGUGUUCUUUCCUAUUGUUAUCUCAUAUGCACUGGUGACCUAUGCACUCUGUCCUCUGAACUAAGGACCAGCUGGGUUUGUGCUGUGGGUCCCAAACUCUGUGUAAUGGUCAAAUUAGCCUGGACAUAGACAAUAGCCCAAAGGCAUAAAGGAUUGCAGUUGCACCACACAAGUUAAACCUGUCAACUCUGAUAGUGUCAGCCAGUUAGUAGCCACACACUGACUUCUUUGGGAAACAAUCAGUAUGUAUGUUAUAGAUAAGCCUGUAAUAAACCAGAAUGUAAAUCACCCACACCCAUGACAGGAGGACAUCAGUACCAGAGCUGAUGAGCUAUUUAAUUAUGGGUCUCUGUCACAAAUUACACCCUAUUCCCUAUAUAGUUAACUACUGUAGACCAAAGCCCAAUGGGGUAGUUAAAUGUAAUGCACUGUAAAGGGAAUAGGGUUGACUUUUUGGACUCACACUUUUUCUCCUCACAAUCUGAGAUGGUGGGCCAACAAAAGGUAAUUGCCUUGGUGAAGUAGUAACACUUUAAAAGGGUGACGUAUGUACUUUUACACCUUUACCCAUUGUGAUCUUUCCCAUUUUGUUUGAAAGAUUCCUCCUAUUUGUGAAAUGUUUAACUUUCUUCUAAGUGGCUUUGGCUUACCAUAAAUCCCCUCAGAAGUUGGUAGUGGUCUUGAAGGUGAAAGGAUGAUUCUUCUCUUUGUUAAACCUGCAUGAUUUUGCUCCUGCAAAGAUAACAUUAAAGAUCCUUUUGUUUUCAGGUGUGGGUAUGAAAGUAUGACUAAGACUAACACAAUGCUAUGUAUGUUUCUCAUUCCUUUGCCUUAGAAACCAACCUUUUCUUUUUACUUUGCAUAGUUGUUUGUAUGUUCUUUAGAAGAGAGGUACAUAGCGGACACAUGCAUAUUGCAGGUCAGGGUACACUGAUAUUAUAAACCAUCUAACGGUGAGUGGAACAUGCAUCUCUACUUAGCCGAAGGAGAGGAAUACGAGAGGUGUCUGUGCCAUCUACACGACCCCUACCCAGCAGGUGAAACACACAAGGCUGUGAAAUUCUGAAAAGGAUGUUUCGCUUGACGGGGACAGAUCUGACAUCAGGGUGGCAAUGUACACAUUGUCUCGUUUGUGUUUGAUUGCCAUCCGUAAUUGUUUCACUCAAAUCACUUUUUAUUCUGACAGGGAUUGUGAGAUUCCGUCUGUAACUGUGCAAACUGUUAUUUCUUCUUGAAAGAUAACAUUCCAUAUUGCUCCAUUUUUAUAUUUUAUUUUAAGCUCUAACAAUGGUCGAAUAAUGAUAAUUUGCAUGGGAGUGUGCAUUUGUGUGUGUGUGUGUCUGGGUAUGUAACUGGCAAAACUUAAACGAUUGUUUCUUAGAUUUGUACCUAAUUUACACAAUCCAACUUUACCAUACAGGGCCUUAAUAUUCAAAUAUUCUUGCCUCGACAACUCAACAAUACCUUGCAGCCACACUCAAACAGCUGUAGUAUACUAAUACUGUGAGAAUCACCUCCUUCCUCGUGGGUGCAGGAAGCACAUCAAUUCAUUAUUCCUAUAAUUUUAAAUCCAGACAAUACACAGUGUUUGGUAUUAGGAUGGUCACACUACAGUGUUUGUAGAGGCAGGCUGCAGAACCAUCUGAAAUGUUCCCACAUCAUGUUACGCUAUGUCUCGAAAUUCAAUGCAAUCUCUGCAACCCAGAACCAUCUGAUAUUAUUCUAUUCAUGUUACAUAGUCUGUCCACAAUAGAUUAUAUUCUGUGACUUUAAAGACUUGCUUGAAGCAUAUCACUUUUAUCUUAUAGGUCUGUCAAAUCUAAACUCUGGAUGUGUUUUUAAACACCUGUAUACAUUAACUUUAUAUAAUAUAUAUCAAGGGUAAGAAACAUAGAUGAUUUAUUUGGCACCCCAACGUUGUGGGGGAAAAAAUACAUUUAUUUUUACCUUAUUUUUUGUUCUAGUCAAAAACAAGAACUAUAACAAUUUAGGAAAUAUGUUCCUGAGUAUUAUUACAAAUAAAACAGCAUACAUAAUUUAAAUCUUUUUUGGUUAUUUGCGCUGCAAGACUUUCUUUAUUUAUUACGUUCAGGCCAUCCAGCCAUCCAAAAUCAGUCCAUGGCUGACUCUGGAUGCCUGUACAUGUUAUACUGUAUAGGUUAUUUUCAUGUAUGUUGCAUAGAUUUUUGCCAAAUAGGUUUUUUCCCUAUUGCUUUGGCACCAGUGUAUAGUGCACAUUCAAAACAACAAACUGAGUAUAAUUUUAAUGCAGCAUGUUUAUUUUUAUCAAAACCUUUUUGUGUACAAUCACUUUCUUUGGUGUCUUCAUUCAUGAGACAACCAUUGAUCCAAAAUAUACCUAUGGUUACUGUGCAAUAACAUGACACUGUACAUUUAUUUUAUCACCAAAAUACUUUUUUUUUAAUAUGAAGUCAAUUUUAAUUCAGUUGCAAAAGAAGAAAUAUCCUAAAUUGCCCUUUGAAUGUAAUAUGCUACACUACUUUAAACUACACUCUACUGUUUUCACAUUAGGCAAUAGUCUUGAAAUACCCAUUCACAUGUACUGAAAUCAUACAGGCAUUGAUGCAAAGAAAAUAUGUAUUGCUAUAUAUAGUGCUGUCCUAUAAAUUGGAAGAGUAAACAUAAGUUUUGUUGUUUUGCCUCUGUUUUCCAAGAACAUUCUAGUUUUUGGCUCUGAAAAAACAGUUUUUUCUCCACACAUUCCUCUUCCCAUCAUUCAGGUACACGUUCAUGUUUUUUAAAUCUGUCCACAAUAACUUUUUUCCAGAACCUUGCAGGCACGUUUUUGUAUUUGUUUGGUCAUCCUAUCUGUUUUUGAGGAUUACCAGUGUUUUUCGCGCCUUGCAGUCCAGCCUCUGUUGUUGGGCUGGGGAAGUGUAGUGGCUGACACGUCCACACCUUCCUGGAGCGUGUUCACAGUUAUUUGACGUUUUUUUGUUCAUUAUGUUUAGCACCCUUUGGUCAUCUGCUGUAGAGGUCUUCCUUGGUCUACAUCUUUGAUUGAUCUACAGUAUUUCUGUUUCAGCUGCAUCAUGAUGGCCCGCUUGACUUGCAUUGACGCUACAUUGUCUUUUUGGGGCUCCUGACAAAAAGUUUUUGGUCAGAGAGUUUUGCAGGCCAACAGUAACGCAGCUAAGACGGUGUGAAAGAAAUGUGCGUAAGAGCCGAUUGCCACUUCAUUUUAACGGUGAAAGCUUUUGUUACAAAUUAAAGCUGACAGUUUGUUCUUUAACCCCAUCUUCAUUGUAUCUUUUUAAAUCUGAAGUGCUAAAGUACAUAGCCAAGACCACAAAACGUGUCAUUGUCCAAAUACUUGCCAAUACUAAUGUAGUGUACUUGCAAUAUAGGUGUACUGCAGCCUAAUAAGAGUCAACAGAAACCAGAAACGUCCUAUUUUCAGGUAUACAGUCUAUUCAACAUAUCUUACUUUACCCUGACCCAGAUGUGGAGACCCAGUUCAAGCGUUUCUUUUACAUCUGCCACAUUUUUGGUAUACUAUAAUCAAAGUAAACAAAUAAACAAAACAUAACAUUUAGCAGACAUUUGUUAUAAUCAAGCCCCUCUUGAGCAUUUGGUCCAUAGGUUUCCGUGCAAGUCGAAGUAAAUGUUUUAAUUGUGCUUCCCCUUUGUUUAAAAACCCUCAUGUUAUUCCAAACCCAGGCCUGAAGGAGGUUGGCAUGCCCAUUUGGAAUGGAUGGUUAUAUUGUUAUUAUGUAGAGCAGGUUUCAUGAAUACAGGUUAUGCCUAGUCUUGGACCAGAAAAUCCAGCUCAGUAGUGAUUCUUCAUUGAGCUGGAUUUUUGUUUAGUACAGGGCAAAGCUUAAUCUUUGUCGGCGAAACAGGUUUUUUGUGUAUUUUGCAGUAUUGCGUUGUUGCUAUUUCUGUUGGUCCUGUGUGGCUCAUCUACAUCACCUUUGUGUGUUGGAUUCCAGCUGGGGUCACAUACAAAACUGCGUGGACUCACUGUUGUCACUUUUGAUAAAAGUACCUUCCAAGUAGAGAGCUUAUAUUACAAUUACAUCAGAUGUUUGUAAAAUCUUAAUAGAUUAAAUGAUUAUUAAUUAUGAGCAGUCAGAUGAAGUAAUAGUAUUAUGUAUUUUAACAAUGAGCAGAUAAUGAACGCAAAAUUAUUAUGGGCUUAGUGUUGUAAAAAGCAAGGACUUUAUAUGAACAUGUAUUACAAACUAAACUGCUGUAUUUCUAAAUGAAUCACGGAUGAUUUUGUGUUGUACUUGAAAAUGUGUUUAGUUGGGAAACCUCUACGUUUUUAGUAAUCUGUUUUAAGUUUUGUACUAACUGUUGUGGAAAAUGUAUAAAUUUUUCAU